GUUGCAUGCAUUGAUAGUAUGCUUCGCAACUGAGGCAGUGAUUGCAGAGAACAGUUGGUAGGCGGAGGGACUAUAGAAUCUAGCUUGGUUUGUGAAGGGUUUUAGGGUUUGUGUGAAUCCAUCGAGAUGGGGAGGGUGCGAAUUGGGAUUCUUGGCUGUGCCGGGAUCGCCGAGAAGCUCAUCCGUGGUAUGCUCCUCUUACCUGAAAUUCAGAUCACUGCUCUCGGGAGCCGUAGCCUGACGAAAGCGCAAGGGUAUGCUGCCAAGAACCACAUCCCCGUUGAUGCGAAGCUGUACGACAGUUACGACGGAGUAUUGGAUGACCCGAACGUGGAUGCGGUGUACAUUCCCCUGCCGACUGGCCUUCAUUUGGAGUGGGUCACGAAGGCCGCAGAGAAGAAGAAGCAUGUGUUGCUGGAGAAGCCUGUGUCACACACGAUUGAAGAGCUUGACGCAUUUCUAGGGGUAAUCGACAGAAACCACUUGCAGUUCAUGGAUGGCACUAUGUUUAUGCACCACCCUCGCCUUGCUCAAAUGCAUCAAGUUCUGCAUAAUCGCGAUGUCGUCGGCGAUAUCCAAGAGGUGAUAGCAAUGUUCAUCACCAACUUGGGUGUACAACCGGGAUGGACGAGCGACAUUCGUGGCCAACCCCAUUUGGAUGGUUUAGGGUGCCUCGGCGACAUAGGUUGGUAUUGCACCCGAUUUGUCCUCUGGGCUUACGAUUUCCAAAUGCCCAAGACAGUCACAGCACAUCCAGGCUCAAAAUUAAGCGACACAGGUGUCCUAACCUCGUGUGGAGCAAGCUUUGAAUGGCCAGACGGCAGGAUGGGCACUUUUCGGUGUUCCUUCUUGGGAGAUAUGGUAAUGAAAGCAAUCUGUGUGGGUUCUAAAGGAACUUUAGAAAUCGACGACUUCGUUAUCCCCAGACAGGAAGACGUUUGCUCAUAUCGAGUUAAGGAAGCCGCGACGUGGCAGGAUAGGUCGAUCGGUUGGGGAGCUCGUGAGGAAGUCCACCAAGUCAUGACCUCGCUGCCACAGGAGGCCCUCAUGGUGCAGGAAUUUGCAAGGCUUGUGGGUGGUAUCCUUGAUGGAACUGGCAAGCCUGAGCCUCUGUGGUCCACCAUUGCGAGGAACACUCAGAUUUUGCUAAAUGCUGUAAAAGCGUCCAUCGAAAGCUACUGUCAGCCCAUCACCCUGUAAGAUCCCUAUAAGGACGAUCACCGCGUCUUAUGAAGCUGUCUACCCCUAGAGUUCUCCUUCGAAUUCACAAGAAGACCAGGUUAUAGGGCAUCAAUACUGAUAGCCACCCACUUCCAGGUAUAUAACAAUCGCCGUGAUGUAUCAAAGUUAGUGUGCUGGAAUCGAAGCCGGCACCAGCCGCUGGGUAACGCUUUCAAUAAACUAGUUGAAGCAAGAGCCAUAGUAAGGUUUUGUGCCAGCCCAUCAGCAGUUGUCAAGCAGUUUGUGAAGGAUUGUGAAACUGAGUCUCUGUGCUUCGAGACAACGUGAAUGCACUAUUCUUUGAACUACUGUGUGAUGAGGAGGUGCUUGCUUGCAUGCCUGAGUUGUAGAUGAUUCAUGAUCGUCAUUCACAUCGUCAAGGUUAGAGAAAACAGAUGUAGGCUGUUAAGCUUCAGGUUGUUGCACUCCAUCUCCUAAUGCAACCCAUGUGUCGGAAGCCAAAAGACAA